UUAAAUCAAGUGAAGUUGUCAAGUUUCCGAUGACAACGAAUGUACCAUCACAAUCCCGAUUCUCCAUCUUCCUGCAACCAGGCUAGGGACCAACCUGCGUCUUGCACCCUCCGUAACAUUCCCCCGCUGACAUAGAAUUAACCAGGCUUAAAGGACAACAAUCAUGACGGACUCCAAAUAUUUCACAACAAACAAAAAAGGGGAGAUCUUCGAACUGAAGGCAGAGCUGAACAAUGAGAAGAAGGAGAAGAGAAGAGAGGCAGUAAAGAAGGUCAUUGCUGCCAUGACAGUUGGAAAGGAUGUCAGUUCUUUGUUCCCAGAUGUGGUGAACUGCAUGCAGACCGACAACCUGGAGCUGAAGAAGUUGGUCUACCUCUACUUAAUGAACUACGCCAAGAGCCAGCCUGAUAUGGCCAUCAUGGCCGUCAACAGCUUCGUCAAGGACUGUGAGGACCCCAACCCUCUGAUCCGGGCUCUGGCCGUCCGGACUAUGGGCUGCAUACGUGUGGACAAGAUCACAGAGUACCUGUGUGAGCCGCUGAGGAAGUGCCUGAAGGAUGAGGACCCAUACGUCAGGAAGACGGCGGCUGUUUGUGUGGCUAAACUUCAUGACAUCAAUGCCCAGAUGGUGGAGGACCAAGGCUUCCUGGACUCCCUGAGAGAUCUCAUUGCUGACUCAAAUCCCAUGGUUGUGGCCAAUGCAGUCGCUGCCCUGUCUGAGAUCAGCGAGUCUCACCCCAACAGCAACCUGCUGGACCUCAAUCCGCAGAACAUCAACAAGCUGCUGACAGCCCUUAAUGAGUGCACGGAGUGGGGACAGAUUUUCAUCCUGGACUGCUUGUCCAACUACAACCCCAAGGAUGAGCGCGAGGCCCAAAGCAUCUGUGAGCGCGUCACUCCCCGGCUGUCUCACGCCAACUCAGCGGUGGUGCUGUCGGCUGUCAAGGUGCUGAUGAAGUUCUUGGAGCUGCUGCCCAAGGACUCCGACUACUACAACACCUUGCUGAAGAAGUUAUCCCCGCCGCUGGUCACCUUACUCUCCGGAGAGCCUGAGGUCCAGUACGUGGCUCUGAGGAACAUCAACCUCAUUGUCCAGAAAAGGCCUGAGAUCCUAAAGCAGGAGAUUAAGGUGUUCUUUGUCAAGUACAACGACCCUAUCUAUGUGAAACUGGAGAAACUGGACAUCAUGAUCCGCUUGGCCUCUCAGGCCAACAUUGCCCAGGUGCUGGCUGAACUGAAGGAAUACGCCACCGAGGUGGAUGUUGACUUUGUGCGCAAGGCUGUACGAGCCAUCGGACGCUGCGCCAUCAAAGUGGAGCAAUCAGCUGAGCGCUGUGUCAGCACCCUGCUGGACCUGAUCCAGACCAAGGUCAACUAUGUGGUCCAGGAGGCUAUUGUGGUCAUCAGGGACAUCUUCCGCAAGUACCCCAACAAGUAUGAAAGCAUCAUUGCCACACUGUGUGAGAAUCUGGACUCUCUGGAUGAGCCUGAUGCCCGUGCUGCCAUGAUCUGGAUUGUUGGCGAGUAUGCCGAAAGGAUCGACAACGCUGACGAGUUGCUGGAGAGCUUCCUCGAAGGCUUCCACGAUGAGAGCACCCAGGUCCAGCUUACUCUUCUGACUGCCAUUGUCAAGCUGUUCCUUAAGAAGCCGUCGGAGACUCAGGAGUUGGUACAGCAGGUCCUCAGCCUGGCCACUCAGGACUCUGACAACCCUGACCUGCGUGACAGGGGCUACAUUUACUGGCGCCUGUUGUCCACCGACCCUGUGACUGCCAAGGAGGUGGUGUUGUCAGAAAAGCCCCUGAUCUCAGAGGAGACAGACCUGAUUGAGCCCACCCUACUGGACGAGCUCAUCUGCCACAUUGGCUCACUGGCCUCUGUCUAUCACAAACCCCCUAGCGCCUUCGUCGAGGGCAGCCACGGAGUCCACCGGAAACACCUUCCUGUGCAGCACAGCAGCAUUGAUACAGGUGAGAGCCCAGUGAGCAGCGGGCCAGCAGCUGCCAUGGACCAGCCACAUGUGAUCCCCAGCCAGGGUGACCUGCUGGGUGAUCUGCUGAACCUGGACCUGGGCCCUCCAGUCAAUGUGCCCCAGGUGUCCUCCAUGCAGAUGGGGGCGGUGGACCUUCUGGGAGGCGGCCUGGACAGUUUGCUGGGGGGAGACCUGGGCGGCGGUGUUGGGGGAAGUCCAGCAGUGGGACAGAACUUCAUCCCCUCAUCUGUCCCCAGUACUUUUGCUCCGUCACCUACACCAGCUCCUCAAGCGGUCAGCAGUGGCCUUAGCGACUUGUUUGAGCUUUCCACAGGCAUGGCCAACACCUCUGGAGGCCAUGUUGCCCCGAAAGCCGUGUGGCUGCCUGCAGUGAAAGCCAAGGGACUGGAGAUCUCUGGAACCUUCUCUCGCCGCCAGGGCCACAUGUACAUGGACAUGACCUUCACCAACAAGGCCCUGCAACACAUGACCGACUUCGCUGUCCAGUUCAACAAGAACAGUUUUGGGAUGAUCCCUACCAGUCCUCUGCCCGUUCACACUCCGCUGAUGCCCAGCCAGACUAUUGACGUGUCUCUGCCUAUCAACACCAUUGGGCCAGUCAUGAAGAUGGACCCACUCAAUAAUCUGCAGGUGGCUGUGAAGAACAGCAUCGAUGUCUUCUACUUCAGUGUACUCAUCCCUCUCAACAUAUUCUUUGUCGAGGAUGGAAAAAUGGAGCGACAGGUGUUCCUGGCUACCUGGAAAGACAUCCCCAAUGAAAAUGAGCUACAGUACCAGAUAAAGGAAUGCCACCUAAAUGCAGACACAGUAUCAGGGAAGCUGCAGAAUAACAACAUCUUCACCAUUGCCAAGAGAAACGUAGAAGGCCAGGACAUGCUCUACCAGUCCCUGAAGCUAACCAACGGCAUCUGGAUCUUGGCUGAGCUCCGCAUUCAGCCUGGCAACCCAAACUACACGCUGUCUCUCAAGUGUCGGGCCCCCGAGGUUUCUCAGUACGUCUACCAGACGUACGACGCUGUUCUGAAGAACUGACCUGCUCCAACACUUUGCAACUCUGCUUAAUCCUGACCACAAACUGCAGUGUUUUCUCAUUUUCUGCCCUCUGCAGCUAACUGCCACAACAAAGGAACCCAAACAGUAAAUGACACUCAAUCAUUUGGAACAUUGGGCGAACAUUUUUCCUCCUCAGAGAUCAACCAGGCGAAUGUUAUACUGGAGAAGUUGAACAGUACAAACGCUGUUGAGGUUUCCUUUGUUUUGGCAGUGGAAAGCAUGAUUGAAUCCGCUUAUUCAACUCCCAAUUUAGAUUUUCACCUCCCAGUGAAAAUGUCUGCCAUUCCAUCCAUAACUCAGUGUCUCAGUGAUGUAAAGAUGUGACUGAUGGUAAAACUGUCGAGUGAAAACAACUCUCCCCAGUUUCCAUGAAGCCAUUGUUUUUUUUUAUUACUUUGAACGCUGUAUGGCUCACACUCCUAUUUUGAUUUAUUUUUAUAUUGACUUUGCUUCAGUUGCACCUACAUAAUAAUACUAAUGUUUCCUUUUUGCCUUUAAUGUGUGUAAAGAGUCCAAACCUACAAUGUGAUUGUCAGAAGAUACUAACGCCUGUCCUACGGCAGGUUUGCUUCCUGCAGGUUAUAGCUUAUUUCUAGCAACAUUCUAAAUGAACAAACAUUAUAAAUCACAUUGACCACAAUGAGAAGCAUAUGUACUCCUGUUUUUCCUUUCAUGACUUUAAGACGGCGUCUUGUAUUUAAUGGCAUUACUUACAAUUUGUGCAGGUUGUAGAUAGACGUAUGCACAGUAUGAAAUUGUGUAUUAGUUGAAGAAACUUCAAAUGAAAUUCCAAAACGUUGGGAAAAAGAAAAGAGCACCAGGAAUUCUAAUGUAACGACUGAAUCCUGGUAUUUUAUUGCUGCUUCCCACCUGUGAAUUAUGUUACUCACACUUUCCUGCAUGUCUCCUGCCUUUUGUGGUCCAUCUGGAGACAUGUCCACCGCAGGUUAUAAAACACAGAAGCAGGUCGAGCGGAGGUCUUAAUCACAAACGUCUUUCCGUCAGCUUUCAGCUGAUGCUGUCUUUAUUAACACUCCACCUUUCUUUUUUAUUUACCUCAGUUAACGUGAAUGUUGUAGGAAUAUUUAGCUUUUUUCUUUUCGAUGUUUGAAAAUCAUUAAAACAGGUGACUAGGAUGCACCACAGCAUUCUAAGUGCAAGAAGAUUCAAUUGAACUGUUAUGGCAUGAAAUAGCAAAAAAUAUUUCCGUGAUUAUAAGUUCAUGUUAGAGAAAAAAGAAAUGCAUCCAGUGUGGUGAGGUUUCUGCGGGCUGUUUAAGUGGAGGAACAGAAAACGUCAGUAAAACAGACAGUCAAGACGCUUCUGACUGCACAGUACAUUUCUUUUAGUCUUGUUUAAAUUCCAUGGUUGCCAUUAUUUUCAAAUUGAAAGUGUUCACUUUUGAGCUUGGAACCACGACACCAACCACAGCAGCUACUGGUCAUGCGCUCACACAGCAGUGCCACUCCGUUUUAAGAAUAUUUGCUAGUUCAUUUCACAUGUCAUUCUUUUUGUAAUCGCCCCGUUUACUGCAACCACAUCGUUUCACAUGCUUUAUGCACCUAUAUUGUCAUUCCUAUUUAUUGUGCAUCUACCUCCGCUGUUUCUUUUUUAACUGGCUUUAUUGUGGCUGUAGCUUCAAUUCUGUAAUGUCCUUUAAAUGGUGUUUCCUUUUCUUUCCAUACCGGUGUUGUGUAAUCUUCAUGCCAUUGUUGUCAAGCCAGUCUAAACCUGUGGCAAGUCAGGCGGACCAAUCACACAAGACCAAGCAGUCACGCAAAUAAAAUGCCAAGCUUGUGUUUUAACACCCUAGUGUCAAUAUAAUCUCCUAAUGUUGGCUGUGUGUGUGCCAUAGAUCAUAGGGUGCAUACGCCCUAAGGCCCAGCGUUGGGCGAGUAAAGUGUAUUCCAGUGAUGGUGUAGUUUAUGUAGCUAAUAAAUUAAAAUGUUUUGAUAUUACCCUGAAAAGGAAAUAAAUCCUAACCUAUAUCUAUUCAACAGAAAAGGCCCUUUUAUUGUAACAGUUGUGUUGGUGAUGCUAUUUUCCAACAUAGUUAUGUAAAAAUACAUAUAUGUGCCUCGAUGAACCCACUGUUCAUUUUAUCCUUUUUCAUUUAGGCUGUGGCUUUGCUCCAUUUAAA